GACUCUGGGACUGGUCUUUCAGAGUGAGAACUUCAACUACAACAACUAUAACAACUACAUAAUGGACUCCUGGUCCUACCUGAACACCCCUGUUCCUGAGCCGAACCACUCCAAACCCAGACUCAAUCCUGAGGACAACUUUACAGCUUUAACCAUGCUCCAUGAACACUGCAAGAACCAGAAAGAGCAGAAAGUUGCCGCCUUCAGUCGCGCCAACAAUAUCUGCAAACCAGUCGAGAGAAGCCUGAGCAACACCAGCGACCUCAUUUCACUUGAGACCACCACCAACGUCAUGAAGAUCCUCUCUGAGAGCGUUCCCGUCUCCCAUCCCCAGGAAGUUGUGGCGCCCAAGCAGAUCGCCUCCGUUCCCAUUUCCGCUCCCGCCAACCCGGACACGUACGCCACCCUGACCAGCGUCGUGGCCGACACGUACGACAAGCAGGAGCUCAACAACAUCUUUGAGUCCCUGAUGCAGGGGAACGCCUUCGCCGACACCACUGCCGAGUCGCUUUCCUACAACGAGCAGUUCCCUGAAAACACCUCCAGUCCGGUUUACUCGGACUCCUACGCCAGCUCCCCGCCGGAGAGGUCCAGGAGCGAGUUUCACUUCAGCCUCGGCUCUCCUGCAGCCUCCUCUCACAAGUCCCACGAGUUACCCAUGGUGUACCUGAACAAAGGCCAGUUCUAUCCCAUCACUCUGCAGGGAGUGGACAGCAGCGCCUGCCUCACUGCCACCAAGGUCAAGACAGUGGUGAUGGCUGUUUUUGAGAAUGACAAGAGCCCCGAAAUGCAGCUCCGCUUCUGGAAUCACUGGCACGCACGCCAACCAACCGUCAAACAGAGGGUCAUCGACAUCGCCGACUACAAAGAAGUGUUCUGUGGCAUCAGCAACGUGGAGGAGGUGGCCUUCAACGCGCUCUCGUUCGUGUGGAACCCCAACGAGGAGGCCAAGAUUUACAUCGGCAUAAACUCCCUGAGCACAGACUUCUCCUCUCAGAAAGGAGUGAAAGGUCUACCCCUGAACCUGCAGAUCGACACCUACGACCUCAGCUCGGGGAACAACCAGCUGCUGCACAGAGCUGCCCUGCAGGUCAAGAUUUUCUGCGAUAAGGGUGCAGAGAGGAAGAUGAGAGAUGAGGAGAGGAAGAGAUCCAAGAGGAGGGGAAAGAGCUGUAAUGAUGUAAACUCUAACAAAUCGUUAAUGUGCGGCUCCGCUAGCAUUGAGUACACCUACUUCAAAACCCUGGAUGACCACAUGACUCAGCCUGUUCUCUUCAUCCCAGAGGCCCACCUUUCCACCUUACAGCGCAUGGCCUCUUCUAUGGAUGAGAAUGACAGGAGUUGCCUGAAGAGGCUGUAUCCAGACAGAGACCGGAGCAACUCUCCACCCAACAAACAGACCCGCAGAGAAGACCCACAAAGAGUUCUGCUCUACGUGAGGACAAACACAGAGCAGGUGUUCGACGCUCUCAUGCUCAGCUCGCCGACACUCUCAGGUCUACGAGAAGCUAUUUCCCAAAAGUAUGGUUUGCAAAAAGACACCAUUGGGAGAAUCUUCAAAAAAUGCAAGCGAGGAAUAUAUGUCAACAUGGACAACAACAUCAUUGAACACUACAGCAACCAGUCAGCUUUCCUCAUUGAGAUGUCUGAGGCGGGCACCGGCCAGUUUCAGGUCACUCUUGUUGAAGUAUGAAGACAAUUGAAGGACAAACAUUCACAGCUGCUGGUUUGAAAAGAAGAAACAGAAGAAAAAAACACACACCUCUAAAGCACUGCCAGAGACAAUCUAAGCUGUGGACUCCAAAACCAAAACAGGAGCUGGAGUGAAGGGACAGAUUUUCAGACGUGAUGGGAAAACGUUAAAACCUUUUUUAAUUGAAUAAGCCCAGUUCCCUUUGGUUUGCUUUAUAACUUUUAAUAUUGUAAUGUAAGAGCAUUUAUGAUGGCUCAUCUGUAUAUACAUGUAAAUAGUUUUUAAUAUUACAGUGUUCAUUGAACUAGUUAUGUGCAUGUCACGAUCAAAUUUUCAGCAGUGAAUUUCAAUUUUUAUUUUCAGAGCUUUGUGCACGACCACUGCAAGGCUUUUUUUAAAUAUAUUUUUUAGCUUUUUUUUGUCAUUCUUGCUGCUUUUUGUGUACUUAGCAUUUCUUCUACAGAUUCUUCAGUGCAUUUUUCUUAACCGCAAUCUGACUUUAACCAAAAGUAUCCUCAUGUUAAGGUUCCUGUUGGUUGCCCCAACUAAAACUGCCUGAUCGCAGGUUGCCUUCAAAACCAAAAGUCGGACAUUUCCACCCGUAAAACCACAAAAGAAUUAGUAUUGGAACCUUUUUUUAAUUUUUUAUAGCCCAAAGUGUUUGACAUUUCCUGAACGUACGGUGAAACCACACAAAAACAUUUAGAACAAACCUUAAAACUAACCAGACUUUUAUAUUAUGAAUGUGUGUGGAAAUGUUUUGAAAGAACAUUAUUUCCUUUCACCUAAUAUAUCAUUUCAAAGCAGUUCUGUAUCCCUGUGUUAUUUCAGUACCACAUCAUGGUUCUACCGGUCGUACAAGUCAUGUAUUUCGCCUUUUGUAAGAAAAUAAAAACAAAUGCUUUUUA